ACAGUCCCCUGGACACCACUUUUGUGCCACAUAUGUCAGCAUUUGUGAUAAACAUCCACAUUUAGUAUUCAGAGAGUGUUUGGCGGACUAUUUCAGAGACGAUAUAGAAGUGUUUCAGGAGCAGGACGUGUGAUGGCCACAGGGGGCGCUCGUCGUCCGUCUGCUUGCAUUUGGGCGCGAAGAAGACACCUCGCUAGCCUGCUAGCAGCGGACACAUGCUAACGUGAUGUCGGCAGCCUCUAAACUUCUUCUCGGACUUUCUGUGGUGGUGACUGUGAGCAUCGUGGCGGCCGUGCACUUGCAACAAGGCCAGGACAGACAGCGUAUGCAGGAGGGCGUCCUGAGAGAUCUGGAGCGUGUGGAGAGGAAGAAGGAGAACCUGCGUCUGCUGGAGGAGAACCAGAAGUUGGCCACGCAUCUCGAGGAGGACAGACGGCGUAGGGAGGCCAAUCUCCGCCCUCAGGACCUUGGACAACACUGA